ACCGACAAACGACGUUUGGAGGAAUCGGAUGUGAUUGUACCUUUUGUUAUUCAACCGAAGAUAAAAAAACACGCUGAUCCCCUCCGAUGCUUCGGUAAUUAAAGAUCCAGUGGUCGCACUAAGCAUGGCUACGUCCGUUUCAUUGCCUGCUGACAAGGUGGCUUUUCGGGCGAAGCCGGAUCUGGUUGCAAUAGUGUUGGCCGCGCAUUCGGCUCUUUUGACCGUCGGAAGGAUAGCCGAGAUGGGCCGUCGCCAUCAUGACGCCGUCGAACAGCUUGGCCGUUUACAAAUGGAAGUUGAGGGACAAAGGAGUAGGGCCGAGUUCGAGGCUUUAAGGGUGAAGAUGAAAAGCGCGCGGGCCGAGGCCGAGAUGGAGAGAGCCCGUAUCGCUGAUCAACUGAGAUCGGCCGCCGAGAAGAGGGCGGACGCGAGCGACGACGCGCUUAAAUUGGCCAAGGAGGCGAUCUCCAAACUAGAGGCUGAGUUGGAAGAAAUAAAGAAGGGGAAGGAAGCAACCGACCUGGAGGCUUCCACGGCAUUCGAGGUCAGGAAAAGUGCUGCAUUCGCCGAAUACGUAGACAAAGUCCCCAAAUUUGAAAAUCGGGAAUUCAAACACGGCUGGCUCAAAGCCCUUGUUGCUACUGAUGUGACAUUGGCUAUGCCGAUUCCAUACGAGCAAGUGGAUGUUGAGCCGCUGGAGUCUGACUCUGAGGACUAAUUUAGGCGACUGUUGUUUUUGUUUUAGGAUUUCGAAUGUACUUUCACACCUUUUCGUUUUCAUGUGUUGCUACAAUCAUAGUUUUUUACUAGGCAUUUUCGUAUGAACUUGUAGCUUUUUGUUUAGUAAAUUUUGUAUGUAAAAUGGCUACAAUUGGUGCCCAAUUUACUAAUGAAAAUUUCCUUUUUCCCUUGCUA